AUGAAUUUCGACAUUGCCGCUGAGGAAAUGCGACGAUUGAAGAAAGACCCAACCGAUGAGGAGAAACUGAUUCUCUACGGGCUAUAUAAGCAGAGCAUCCAUGGCAACAUACCACCGCAAGACAUUUAUGGGAGAGGGCAUUCUCAAAGCCACAAACUGUUAGCUAACUAA